CAUGAGUCUAUUUUAGAUGAGGAGAAAACCCUGCUAGGGAAUAUGAUUACUGCAAAUAAUACUCAAGAAGAAUCUGUUAGAAAUAGCUCUAUUCUGAUAGACAUUGUUUCUAUUAAGCCAAUCACUCUAUUAAGCAAUUAUGGGAAAAAUAUACUAACUGAUGGCAAGAGCUCUACUCGUAAAAGAUAUCUCACUAAACAGGAAGAAACAAUUACUUCAACUAACAAUGAAAGAGCAGAACAAAUUGUAAAUGAUCAAAAGAAAAUGCUAACCAGUCUGCUAGAGUGGCCAUCUCACAAAGUAGUCUUGGAUAGAGUGCUAUUACAAAAUCAAGAUCAAGAAAUAUUAUUAAAUGAUCUGGUAGAAGUUUUGGAAGAAGUUCAAGCCCACUUCCAAAAGCAAUUCAUAGGCAAAGAAAAUAGCUACACAGAGAUUGAGAAACUUUGGUCUGAUGAGUAUCAGCCCAAAGAGAAUCCAAAAGUCUUGGUUUGA